CCAACCCCCAAGAUUCACGCCCCAACUCCCGUAAGGAUUCACGCCCAGGGCCCUGCCCAGAUCCACACGAAGAGCCCCGCUCAGAUCAACGCUCAGCCCCUCGCCCAGCUUCACGCCCAAACCCCCAAGAUUCACGCCCCAACUCCCGUAAGGAUUCACGCCCAGGGCCCUGCCCAGAUCCACACGAAGAGCCCCGCUCAGCCCCUCGCCCAGCUUCACGCCCAAACCCCCAAGAUUCACGCACAGGGCACCCCUCAGACUCACACCCAAACUUUCAAGCCUCCCGCACAGGGCACCCCUCAGACUCACACCCAAACUUCUAAGCCUCCCGCCCAGACCACCGUAAAGAUUCCCGCACAGGGCACCUCUCAGACUCACACCCAAACUCCCAAGCCUCCCGCCCAAACCACCGUAAAGAUUUCCGCACAGGGCACCUCUCAGACUCACACCCAAACUCCCAAGACUCCU